AGAGAGAACAGAUCAGAAGGGGAAGUGAUACAGAAAUGUCUAGUGAAGCAGCACCACCAUGUUCUGAACAAAGUAUGGAGGAAUUUUCCAGAGAACUUCAUGGGAAGAAAGUUUUGCGAAGAUUCGAUUCCUUGGAUAUAGAAUCCUCCACUGUUCCCGGUCGUCAGGGCCAUGGCUCCAGGGCAGUGGGGUGGUCGGUGGUCUUGUAUUUAGCAUUCCAGAGCAUCGGAAUUGUAUACGGAGACAUUGGUACUUCACCGCUCUAUGUGUUUGCGAGCACUUUCAGUAAUGGAAUUAAGCACAAGGACGACAUUUUGGGUGUUCUUUCCUUGAUCUUUUACACCCUCACCUUAAUUCCUCUCGUUAAGUACGUUUUCAUCGUCUUACAAGCCAACGAUAAUGGCGAAGGAGGGACGUUUUCGUUGUACUCUCUCAUAUGCCGAUAUGCAAAGGUUGGUUUGAUCCCAAAUCAGCAAGCAGAGGACCGGGAGGUGUCGAAUUUCCAGCUUGAGUUACCGAGCAGUCGUGAGUGGAUGGCAUCGAGGGUGAAGUCUAAGCUGGAGAGCAGCCAGUUUGCCAAGUUCUUCCUAUUGCUUGCCACCAUGCUUGGAACUGCCAUGGUUAUUGGUGAUGGUGUUCUCACUCCUUGCAUCUCAGUGUUAUCCGCUGUGGGAGGGAUCAAGGGAGCUACAUCUUCGAUGACAGAUGAUAUGAUUGUUUGGAUAUCAGUUGCCAUCUUGAUCUUCCUAUUUAUGAUUCAAAGAUUUGGAACCGACAAAGUGGGCUAUACUUUUUCGCCAAUAAUUUGCGUUUGGUUCGCAUUCAUCGGGGGCAUUGGCCUUUUCAAUUUCAUCAAAUUUGAUCCAACUGUCGUCAAAGCCAUAAAUCCAAACUACAUCGUUAAAUAUUUCCAGAGGAACAAAAAAGAAGCAUGGAUAUCCCUUGGUGGCACUGUUCUUGCCAUAACAGGAACCGAAGCGCUGUUUGCCGAUGUUGGCCACUUCACAGUACGGUCAAUUCAAAUAAGCAUGUGCUCAGUGACAUACCCGGCUCUCAUUUUGGCAUACACUGGACAAGCUUCCUUCCUUCGCAAGCAUAAUGAUCUUGUCAAGGAUACCUUCUACGAGUCCAUACCAGACCCUUUGUAUUGGCCAAUAUUUGUGUUGGCUAUAUUGGCGUCAAUAGUAGCUAGUCAGGCCAUGAUUUCAGGGACUUUCUCUAUGGUCCAACAAUCCCUCUCACUAGGGUGUUUUCCUCGGGUGAAAAUCGUGCAUACAUCGGCUAAGUAUGAAGGACAAGUUUACAUACCAGAAGUCAAUUACCUUCUUAUGUUGGCAUGCAUAGGGGUCACUUUGGGUUUCAGGAGCACGGCAAAGAUUGGCAAUGCAUACGGGAUAGCAGUGGUAUUUGUGAUGACUCUCACAUCGGCCUUCCUAGUACUAAUCAUGAUCAUGAUAUGGAAAUCUCACAUUCUCUUAAUAGUCUCCUAUGUUCUUGUUAUUGGCACUGUGGAGCUUCUCUAUUUAAGCUCUGUCCUUUACAAGUUUGACCAAGGAGGAUAUCUUCCCCUAGCCUUUGCUGCAGUAUUGAUGAGUAUAAUGUACAUUUGGAAUGAUGUGCACAGAAGAAAGUACUUCUAUGAGUUGAAUAACAAAGUUUCUUUGGAGAAGCUCAAGGAGAUGGCAGCUGAAACAAAGUUUUGUCGACUCCCUGGUUUGGCCUUGUUCUAUUCAGAGCUUGUUCAGGGCAUCCCGCCCAUUUUCAAGCACUACGUUGCAAAUGUGCCUGCAAUGCACUCAACCCUUGUCUUUGUCUCUAUCAAGUCACUACCCAUCAGCAAAGUUCCAGUGGAAGAGCGCUUCCUCUUUCGUCGUGUGGAGCCUAAAGACCAAAAUGUGUUUCGCUGUGUUGUGAGAUAUGGGUACACAGAUAGGCCUCAAGAUCAAGAACCCCUCGAGAAUAUGUUAGUUGAAAGAUUGAAGGAGUUUAUUAUAGAUGAUUUUUGGUUCGCCCAAGGUAAACUAAAUAGUGUUGAAAAUGAUGGGGAGUUGGAUGCUGGGUCGACGUUGGUUAAUGAAGACCAAGAAAAUAAAGUUGAUGAAGAGGAGAUGGAGAGAGAGAUUGAGGCUUUAGAUGAAGCAUGGCGUGCCGGGGUUGUUCAUUUGAUUGGUGAGAAUGAAGUGGUUGCUGGAAAAGGAGCUGGUAUCGGAAAGAGGUUUUUGAUAAAUUAUGCUUACAAUUUCUUGAGGAAAAAUUUAAGACAGACUGAAAAUGUUUUUGAUAUUCCUCGGAAGCGCAUGCUAAAAGUGGGCAUGAUUUACGAGCUAUAAAACGUGAAGAAAGUGGAGAGGAGCUAAUUGAGGUGGCCGGUCAACUAUAUUACUUGCUUUUUCAUGGAUUAUUGUUACAGAUUGGAUUCAAGGCGACAAGAGCGUUGGAUAUAUAUAUCUGAAGAUGAUGAAUUUCUAGUGUCAUUUCGUGACAAUAGGUCCUCCUCUAACAUAUGCAUCAAUUCGAUCUCCUCCAUCUCCUCAAAACGUCGGGUAAUGAGCGGAUUUUGUAAAUUGUGGAUUAAGAUGUUGAACAGAUUGUAUGUAAUUGUAAUGAAAAAUUGCAUUUAAUAUAAUGCGUUGAAGUCUCAUGUUA